UAUUUCGUCGUUCUCGAUUAUCAACAAUCGAACGUUUCUGUGAAAAUCAUCCAACAUUAUCUUUUCAACCAAUUCUUUCUCUUGGUAAUGAAGAUGAAGAAAAAAUUUCUCAUGAAAAAAUUCCUGAUGAUUGGGUUCGUGGUUAUAAAAAUGUUAAACAGACAUUUGAUGGACAAUUUAUGCUUGCUCUACAGAAUGCACCAUUACCAUUAAAAACUUUAAUGGAAUUAAGAACAAUAAAUGAAGCUCAAGAUAAUUUUGAAAUAUUUCUUGAAAAAUGUUUUCAAAAAGAACCAAAAAAACGUGAUUUAAUCAUGAAUGAAUAUGAAAAAUAUAAACAAACAAAAAAUAUCGAAUAUUUAUUAAAAAUUUAUACAUUUGAAUCAUCAGUUUAUAAAGCAUUACAACAAGAAAUGAAUGCUUAUACAACAAUAAUAUUUCUUAAUUUAAAAAAAUUAAUUAAUCGAACAUAUCAAGGUACAACUUAUCGCGGUGCACAAAUGACACAAAUGGAUAUUGAUGCAUAUAAAUGGGCAGAAAAAAGUCAAGAUUAUAUUUUAGAAACACGUCUAUUUCAAUCAACAUCAAUAAAAGAUGAUGUAGCUAAAUUAUAUGGUGAAACUGAUCUAGCAUCGGAUAAAUUUGGUGUUCUAUUUAUAUAUAUAUUUGAUGAAAAAUGUCCAACUGCUAUUAACUUACAAGGUAUUUCUCAUUUUGAAGAUGAAGAAGAAAUUUUAUUAUUACCAUUUACAUUAUUUAAAGUUGAAAAGAUAGUUUUUGAUAAAGAUUUGAAACAUUAUGAUAUUUCUCUUCGAUAUAUUUCAUCAUCAAAAAAAUCAUUUUUUUUAUCAUGGUGGAAUGUUAAAAAAAAUAAAUAA